AUGGUGAAGGCGUGGCGUGCUGCACUCCUAGUGGCCCUCCUGGUCUUGCUCUCGGGCAGCGGCUUUCCCUUCCCUAACUCUCUCUUCGUUGGAGUGUCCGAUGCUCAAAGCUGCAGGCAAGUGGUGACCAAUACAAACAGCACUACGAACGGCAAGCUGGCGUCUGAGGUGCCUCGGGUUGCGCAACGGCUCGACGUCCAGGCCGACCUCAACGAUCCCAAGUUGACUCUCGGGUCGGUUGAGCUGUACUCCGACACUGGGGAUGGGCUGCAGCCUCGAAUCCCGCACGCCAACGGCGCCUUCAACAGCACCGGAGCCCCCAUCGACACCACCGGUGGUGGUGGUGGUGGAACCACACAGUUUCGGUUCAACGCCACCACCAAGGGGGGCAUUGCGCUGGCCAACGGCACCAGCUACUGGCUCGUGCUGGCCUUCGCCGACGGCAGCUACCGCGUGCUCCAGGGCUCCACCAUCCCCUACGACGGCGCGCCAAUCGGCGGCCUGGUCGGGCUGGGCGGUAAGGUUGUGGUGGAGCAGCAGGGAGGGUGGGUCGACAGCAACGAGGUGGUGGCCCUCAGCAUCGACAUCUUCGGCUGCCUCCAGCCCUCACCCUCACCCUCGCCGUCGCUAUCGCCCACGCCCAUGCCCGCACCUUCCAUGCCCCCGGCUGCCUCGCGUUCGCCCACCAGGUCGCCGACGCCGAGCCCGUCGGCCUCGCGCGCGCCCGCGGUGUCGCCGCUGGCGACCGGCGUUGAGGUGGAUUUCGGCAGCGAGGAGCCCACCUUUGACCUUUCCGUUCCCCGCUCCUCAGGCACGAAAGUGGGCGGUUCCUUCCUCGGCUUGACUGUGGACGGCUGGUCGCUGGACCUCCGACCGUACGAUGUGAGCGUCGUGAACACGACAGUGGGCGGGGCUGAUGAAUCGUUUGUGGUGGAGACCCACACCUACGCUAGCCUGCUUGCCGACAACGCCACCACCUUUGCCCAGAUCUUCGCCUUCUAUGCGCAGGCGGUCGACGACACUGCGUUCGACGCGCUGGACCUCACCAUCCGCCCCAACACCGUCAAGUGGUCCAUCAACAUCACCACCGCUAACGGCAACGCAUCGUCGCUGAGCCAGCAGCCGUUCAGCGUCAGCUACAGGCUGGCCGACCUGACCGCCACCGAGGCCGCCGCGGCGACGGCGACGGUGGUCAAGCGCCGCGGGGAGCCGCGGGCCAACAUGACCACCUACUACGUGCCCCUCACGUCAUCGGGCACGCCGCUGGUGGCAGUGGUGGAGGUGUUCGACGUCGCGCUGGCCGACGGCACCCUCGUGCCGCUGGUGGGCCACGACGUGCGCCUCGCCAGUGGAUUGCUGUCGCGGCGGGAGCAGGCGGUCUACGAGUACGAGCUGGUGCUGGAGUUCGCGCCGUUCAACCAGUCGCUGUACUACGACCCGUCGCUGGGCCUGGGCGUGCUGCUGGGCCGGUCUGACGCCUCUGGUGACGGCAAUGGAGACGAUGACAACCUCGCCUUGGUAGUGGCCACGUCGGUGGUCAUCCCCCUGGCGUUCGUGCUGGUGGUGGGCGCCGUCGUGGUCGGCGUGGCGGUGCUGUGGUGGCGCAAGAGGCGCGCCAACGCCCAUCUGCAGCACCAGAUCGACCAGAUGCGCGACAACAGUGCCCUCUGA